AUGACAAUCACAGUUGACGAGCAUACUUUAGAUGAAUGUUCGUAUACUGAUAUCGGAUAUUAUUAUCCGGAAUUGUUACGUUUAAAAGAACUGCUAAAAAUCAGUACAAUAUUAUCAAUUAUUCGUUCACAUUGUAAAAUAUUUCAACAUACAAUUGAAAUUAUUGAAAUUGAUCAUGACUCAAUCGAAGAGUAUCUCGCUUAUAUUAAACGCGUCAUUACCUAUCCACGUGCAACACCGAUGCAAAUUCGAGAAGAACUUGAUAAAAUGUUAAGACACCAGAAUUUGUUAUAUUCCAAUGUAUCAAACAUAUCUGAAGUAGAAAAUAGUAUCAGAUAUCAAUUACAAAAUGCCGAUGAUAAACAGGUCGAACGUGUUGUCGCUGCUAUAUGUAAAUCAUUUCAUUGUGACAAUAUGUCAACAACCAAACGAUAUAUUGAACAGUGGUUAAAUAAUUCUUCGCGAAAAGAUGAAUUAAUUAAAUAUCUUGCAGCAACUGUCAAAAAGUAUCGUCAACAAAAAUAUUCAAAAUUAAUAGAUGUUAUCAAGGACAAUGGUAUUAAUUUGAGUGCACCAAUUGAAAAUAUUAAAUUGACAAAUGUGAAAAAUGAAUGUUCAUGGAUACCGAGAAUCUAUUUGAAAAGUGGGAGACUGUCGAACGCGUCCGGCUAUAUUAGUUUGCAACCAAAACUUGUCAAAGGAA